UAAAAACAUAUUGCUACGGUCCGUUCUACACAAAUACACUAAUUGUAAAUAAUUGUUACUCAGUUAGUGUGAGGUUCAAUCAAGUCCAGAGUAUUAUCCCAAAAAUCGUUGUUAAUUAUGGCAAACUCGUUGAAAAAUAUAUCUGGCUUAUUAUCGCCUAAGUUUUUAUCACCUCGUCUAUCACCAAAUUAUUUAUUGGCCAGUCCUAAAAGUGAAGGAAAUAGGUACAAACAUAAACUAACAAGAUCUGUUGUAGCCAAAAAACUAGACUUUGUGACAGAUGAUAAGUUUCUGAAAGUUCCAAGCAGAUUUCCCAAAAAUGAGACUGGAAAUUUUAAAAAUCUCUUAGAAGUAAAUUCGUCUUCUCGAGAAGAUAUUCAUAAUAAAAGUCUGGAACUAAAUACUCCCAAUAAAGUAACAUUAUUUCAUAGCGGUUUGGGAAAAUUAAAAAAGAGAACCACAAUUUUAGGAACGGGAACUUUUGGUACCGUAUUUCAAGGAAUAUACAAAGGAACCAAAGUAGCUGUUAAAGUGGUUGCUAAAGAAACUAGCAAUAAUGAAAAAAAUGCAUUGUUAUUAAGUCACCCUAACAUAGUGAAAACAUUGAACAUAAUCACCAAUCCAGAAUUUACCACAUAUAACUUAAUCAUAAUGGAGCAUCUCCCAAAAUGCAUUACUUUACAGGAUGUUCUCGAAAGCUGUGGCGAAAAGUAUGAUAGUUUAACAUUAAAAAAGUUUGCCGUAGAUAUAACAACAGGAUUAGAUUACUGCCAUUCUAACAAUGUUUUACAUUUAGAUUUGAAACCAAAAAAUAUCCUGGUUGAUCAAAAGAAUACAUGCAAGAUUUGUGAUUUUGGAAAUUCGGUCAGCAUCGGUGAUAAUUUGAGUAAUUUUAAGCACAAUGGUACGGUAAUCUAUACUGCUCCCGAACUGCUCCUAGGUAAAAGCCCAUCAAUGAAAAGUGAUAUCUAUUCCUUAGGGAUAAUAUUCUGGCAAAUAAAAUAUAGGAAAACGCCUUUUGAGGCCUACGAUAGCAAUGAGAGCAUCAUUUAUAAUGUAGCAAAGCAUAAUAUACGACCGACGUGUGAUAAAAAUAACGAAGAUUUGUUUACAAACAUAUUUACGAAAUGUUGGAAUACCGAGUCUAAUAUAAGACCGAAUACAUGUGAUAUUUUAAAGGAUUUGGAACACGUUCAAAUUUAAUUCUUAUUUAUUUAUUUUUAAUAUAUUAACUUGUUGUAGUUUGUUUUUAUUUUUUAUAUUAGUAAAUAUUUAUUAU